ACGCCGGGUACUACGUGCCUUAUAUAGCAUCUGCAAUGCUCGACAAGAAUGAUAAAACGUAUUUUAACGUCGAAGCAACUAUGAUAUAUGACCCAUCAACAUCCUCCGGUGCCAUACAACAACAAAUACCUGCAGUUCAGUUUGUUGACUACUGGGCCGGACUCCAUCCAUUCAACCAUAGCUACCGAGAAUUUCUACACAAUAUGUCCGAUUCCUGCGGCUAUACCGCAUAUUUGAAGAAAUAUCUGACUUUCCCUCCUCCUGGACCAUUCCCUGUAGAGUUACCCGGCACUGACGAGAACGGAACAACCACAGAAGACUGCGACGUAUUUGAUGCUAUCUACAAUGAGAUAUUCUGGCUCAAUCCGUGCUGGGAUAUCUACCAAGUUGCUACCACAUGUCCACAAUUGUGGGAUGUUCUGGGUUUCCCCGGCUCGCAAACUUAUCUACCCGAGGGCGCAACUAUAUACUUCAACCGAACGGAUGUUCAGAAGGCUAUCAAUGCGCCAAUUGGAAACUGGGACGAGUGCUCUGACGGAGUUUUGCACACUGAUAAUAGUCCUCCUUCAGGUUUGAGUGUUCUUCCUGGUGUUAUUGAAAGAAGCAAGCGAACCAUUAUUGGACACGGAGCCCUCGAUAUGAUCUAUAUAUCCAACGGGACCCUCCUGAUGAUCCAGAAUAUGACUUGGAAUGGGGCUCAAGGCUUUACGAAGAAGCCUUCUGAUCCAUUUUACGUCCCAUACCACGAUGAACAAAGCCUUUCGACAUUAGCUGCUUCAGGCGUGUUGGGAACGACCCAUACCGAGCGCGGUCUGACUUGGGUUAGCAUUGAUCUUUCAGGCCACAUGGUUCCCCAAUAUGCUCCAUCUGCAGCGUAUAGGCAUCUUGAAUUCCUUCUUGGAAGAGUCGAGUCCCUCUCCUCGAACGCUUCAUUCACCACUAUGGGUAUUCCCCAACCCAACGUAACCAUGGGAAAUUGCACAGCACCACCCACGAGAAACGCGAGAGGGAUUGAGUUGGAUUACUAGAGCAAGGUAGGAACUGUGAACAACAGUUGUAUAGAAAUAGAAAUCUCAUGAAUAAUGAUGCAGCUGUACAUGUUUUGACAUUUUACAUUGUAAGAGCGGACUAAUGAACCAAAUGAUGGUAAACGCCUGAAUACCCGACCCAAACUCCACGCUCCCAAAACUCGUGUAUUGAUACAACAAGCGACAUGCACAAUCGAACUGUGCAGUCGGAUAAUCCCCUCCUUCGUUUCGUGUAUCGAAUUUGCCAAUACCGUACUAUUCUUUUCAGGCGUUCUUCCAGACGCCCUCCCGGCCGAAUGCCAUUUCCCGAUCCUUCCUCAUACCCUCCAAGACACCCACGAGCCCGCCAUGUCGUAGUCUCUCCAGAACAACCUUCAUUCCUUCCUUACUCUUUCCCAAUUGGUUCUCCGUCUUCCGGCUGGCGAUAGCUUCGAUGCUUCGCUGGAUACCGCUCGUGCUCCAGCUAGCCAGAAACCCUUUCUUUAGCUCUUCCCCAUCCUCAGCUGAAGCAGAUUCACCUUUCCUGGUUGCCCUAGCCCUUAACCUAUCCCCUAGUCGACUCUUAAACAUAACUGUCGUAACCACGCCAGUUGUUCCGGCUCCGACGCUGAAGUCUUCUCCCCCGUCAACAGGCACAUGUCUUCGGUAUUCCUGUUUCUCAACCACACUCAAUAUGCCCGUCCAAUCCAGGUUCUUGCUUUCAGUUCGCAUCCAUCCCUCAUUAACAUCAAUGGUGCUGGUUUCCAGUAUGUAGCUCUCUGAUCUCCCGCCACUGAUGUUUCCCAGCACCGACUGCGGCAGCAGUUUCAGCACCGCAGAUGGCAGCCUCGAGGAUUUCCGAUGGACACGGAGAGUAUGGAGACGGCCUGCGGCAUCGAUACUCCGCGAGAUCACAUCGGUGGAAAGCACAUGCGUGCUGUAUGGGUUUGGGUAUCGCAGGAAGUAUGCGAGGGUUACGGCCGGAAAGGAGUAGUCGUAUGCGAAGGUCGACUCGUAGAACUUAACCAUUAUGGAUGGGUUUGUGGGGUAAGAGGCAUUU